CGGUAAGAUAUUCUAGCAAAGUCAUAAAAAUCCCUACAUUAAUUUAUAUAUAUGUUUUUUUUCAAGCUAUGGACGUAAGUCAAUACUCGUUGCAGCGGGGACUUUAAGUUCCUUGUGUGGACUUGCUCAAUCAAAUGCCCCCGAUUAUUACAGUUUUUUGGUAUUCGAAUGUCUGAAUAUGGUCCUGGUUAGCACGUUUGCUCCCACUGCCUUUUUGUUAGCCAUGGAGCUGGUCAGUUCCAAGCAUCGGGUGAUGGCUGUCAUGGUACUCACAUUGACUAGCGGUCUUGCAGGAACGGCUUUGGGUUAUCUGGCCGGCUACAUCCUUGACUGGCGUUUGCUGCUCCGGGUGAUUUACAUUCCAGGACUGUUGCAUCUGAUUAUUUUGUGCUGGCUUCCCGAGAGUAUACCCUGGCUUCUGAGUCAGUCGAAGGAGGAGGAGGUCAUUCAGAUACUGCGUGAGAUUGCCCGUGUUAAUAAGCGACCGUUGCCCGAAGAACAACUCAAAGAACUGAGGCGAAAUAAUCGCCAGGUGGUAACUCAAUCGGAGGCACAUGAUGGACAUUACAGCCUCCGUCAGAUCUUUGAUGCCCUCGGUCUUCGUAUUUAUCUGUGUUGCUUUGUAUGGUUCUCCAGUUUGUUGAUUGGUCUGGGCCUAAUUUUAAAUUUGAACGAUUUAAGUGGCAAUAAAUUUAGGAACUACAGCUUAACAUCAUUUCUGGACCUGCCAGGAAUUCUAAUAGCUGCACUGCUGAUGAAUCGCAUUGGUCGUCGCUGGGCGAUGAGUCUCUUUAUGGGUUCCUGCUCAACUUUACUGAUUGCUAUAACUAUCUUAGAUAUGGAUUAUCCAAAUAUGUCCUGGUAUCUCUACUUUCUGGCUAAAAUGGCAUCAACAUGCAAUUUUAUAACCUUGUAUUUCGUUACCGCUGAAAUCUUCCCCACCCACUGCCGAAAUAGUAUGCUUUCUCUGUGCGCCAUGGUGGGUAGCUUUGGAUAUAUGUUGGCUCCGCAAACUCCUUUAUUAGCGGAUUUCUUCAAAUACGCGCCACAUUUUCUUUUUGCCACAUUUGCAUUGAUUAAUUCGGGUUUAGUCAUGUUUUUUCCCGAAACAGCUAAAAAAGGACUGCCAACAACAUUGGAGGAAGCCCGUGUUCAGGACAGAAAAAUGCCGCUGAAACACUUAAAUGUAGCAGAAAACUCAAAAACAUCUGUGUAAAGCAUAUAAAGUGAAAGAUUGAAAGAUUGCAUAUAUCUUUAGCGAUUCAACCAAAUUAAGAACAAAUUAUAAACUCGUCAAAUAAGUCAUUUAUUAUCAAUAAGUAUGAGUUAUUAUGUUAUUUUGU